AUGUAUACAGUAGCAAUCAUAUUGCUGACCCUUUUUGUGGUGGGCUAUCUGAGGCAUGCCUCCAAAAGGCAUAUGCGCGAAGCAGUCAAGAAUAUCAAUGGACCCUAUUGUGUACCACUAAUUGGACCAAUUCAUUUGGCAUAUGGACUUACGCCACAAAAUGUAUUUACAAAAGGUGUUAAUCUUGGACAAAAGUAUGGUGGUUUUAUAAAAAUCUGGUUAUUCAAUCGCUUAAUAAUUGGCACUGCUGAUCCUGAAAUAAACGAACAGAUUCUCUCCAGUUCCACAAAUCUAAGCAAACAUCGUUUAUAUGGAGUACUGCAUAGGUGGCUGGGUACAGGAUUGCUUACUAGUGAUGGGGCUAAAUGGCAUGCACGUCGUAAGAUCAUUACACCCACAUUUCAUUUUAAGAUACUGGAAGAAUUUGUGGAAAUUUUCAAUCAACAGUCUGCAGUUUUUACUGAGCGUUUGACCACAAAGGCUGAUGGAAAGACACCAUUUGAUAUUUACCCCUAUGUGUGUUCAGCCACAUUGGACAUUAUUGCCGAAACGGCCAUGGGUACCAAAGUGGGUGCUCAAACGGAUACAACUAUGGCAUAUACAGCAGCGGUUGAAGAAACUACCCGAAUAACAGCAUGGCGCUUCCUUCGCUUGCAUUUGCAUAAUGAUAUCGUGUUUAUGCUACUGCAUCCUUUUAAAAGUUUGAGGCUCAUCAAGAAUUUACGCAUCAUGCAUGAGUUUACUCACAAAGUCAUUGAAGAGCGUAGACAAACUUUGCAACAAAGACUGAAGAAGGAAACUUCUGUAAGAGAUCACUAUGAUGUGGGCACCAAAAAACGAAUGGCUUUACUAGAUGUUCUACUGCAGUCUACCAUAAAUGGCAAGCCCUUAUCAAAUGAAGAUAUUCGGGAGGAGGUGGAUACGUUUAUGUUUGAGGGUCAUGAUACCACAGCUACAGCUUUGGGCUUUACUCUAUACCUACUAAGUCGCCAUCCAAGGGUACAGCAGAAAUUAUGCAAAGAAAUUCAUCAAUUGCAUGGUGAUGAGAAUUCCAGAACUUGCAGCAUAAUGAGUCUCAAUGAAUUAAAAUAUCUGGAAUGUGUUAUCAAAGAGUCCUUACGUUUAUAUCCUCCUGUACCUAUAAUUGGUCGAGAAAUCACUCAAGAUUUUAAAUACAAACAUUCCACCUUGGGCGAGGGAAUUAUUCCCGCGGGCACCGAACUCGUCAUUGCCAUUUAUGCCAUGUCUGCAAAUCAUUUUGUCUAUGAGAAUCCUUCGGAAUUUAUGCCAGAGCGCCAUGAAGAUGUCAAAAUCAACAAUGGUUUUCAUUACCUGCCAUUUAGUGCUGGACCUCGAAAUUGUAUUGGACAAAAAUUUGCCAUGCUCGAAUUGAAGGUGGCCUUAGUACAUAUCAUACGUUGCUAUGAGUUGUUGCCGCUCGGUGAAAGUAUAGAACCGGUUUUAGGGAUAGUUACACGCUCCAAGACUGGCAUGCAGUUGGGUCUCAAGAAGAGAGAAUUAAGAGCAAAUUAA